CGGCUCAGAAAGAGGGGGAGGAAGAUAGAGGAGAGAGAGGUGACCGGCGGAGGAAGCGGGGAGCUCAAGGCAGACAAGAAGGGGAGACCCGGUAGAGACCCGCAAGAGAGCGAGACUACGGGGGUCCGGGCCUGAGACGGCCGACACGGAGAGGGAGGACUGAAGGAGUGAACUCGUCCGGCUGCCGAAGAGAUAAUACUGUUAUCGGUUGCCAUGCCAUCCAACACCACUGCUCUUCCACCAUCAGAGGGUCCCGCUACACACGUGGACCCCUGCGAGAUGGCACCGCCCACCCCGCCAGAGGAAGUUGACCCCUCCCCUCGCAGGAAACGUGGCCGGCAGAAACUGGAGCCUCUGGAGCCAGAGGACCCAAACAUUGAGGGGGAAGGCGGGAGGCUCCGCAGAAGGCCUGUUCCCAGGGUGCCGUUUCAGGCCGGAGAUCCUUUUAACAUCAGCAGGAGACAGAGAGAAGAGUGGAUCAGUCACUGGAAUAGAGAGACUGAGAGCCGGGCCAACCACAAGACAGAGAUGAAUGUGAUGGAGGACCUAUCAGAUCCAGAGUUUCAGAAGGAGGAAGAGCCAGCAGCUAGUUUAGCCACUCCCCCUCCCCAGCAGCACACUGACCCUGCCUCUCCCACAAUCGCCAUGACGCCAGAGCCUGUUGCCAGGGGCCACCAUUCUACUCCUAGAGAGUCAGAGUACCAGGAUGGUAGGGGGUUUGGUCUGGGUUGCCUGGUGUUCGGGAAGCUGCGUGGGUUCUCCUGGUGGCCUGGACGCAUCGUUUCCUGGGUGAUGAGUGGGCGGAGCCGGGCGGCAGAUGGGACACGCUGGGUCAUGUGGUUUGGAGACGGGAAGUUCUCUGUGGUAUGCGUAGAGAAGUUGAUGCCUCUGAGCUCCUUCUCGUCCACUUUCCACCAGCCCACCUACAAUAAACAGCCCAUGUACAGGAGAGCUAUAUUUGAAGCCCUACAGGUGGCGAGCACCCGUGCCGGCAGGCCCCUCCCCUCUUGUGAUGGUGGUGAUGAUGCGGAGGGUGGAGGGGCGGAGCUACAGAAGCAGAACAGGAAGUUGAUAGAAUGGGCCAUGACCGGCUUCCUGCCCGACGGACCUCAGAGUCUGGACCCCCCUGACGAAGAGAGAGAACAAUAUAAGAAUGGGUACCCAGAGAUGUGGGCGGAGCCAGAAGCAGCUUACACCCCGCCUCCUCCAGCAAAGAGACCUCGUAAGAACGCUGCUGAAAAACACAAGAUCAGAGAGGUCAUCGAUGAGGGCACAAGAGAGAGACUCAUCCAAGAGAUCCGACAGAAGACAAGGAACAUGGAAGAUAUUUGCAUCUCCUGUGGCAGCGUCAACGUCUCCCUGGAACAUCCUCUCUUCAUUGGAGCCAUGUGUCAAAGCUGCAAGAACUGUUUCCUGGAGUGUGCGUAUCAGUAUGAUGACGAUGGCUACCAGUCCUACUGCACCAUCUGCUGUGGAGGACGAGAGGUCCUGAUGUGUGGAAACAACAACUGCUGCAGAUGUUUCUGUGUGGAGUGUGUUGACCUCCUGGUGGGGGAGGGUUCGGCGUCGGCCGCCAUCAUAGAGGACCCCUGGGACUGCUACAUGUGCGAGACGCGCAACACACACGGGUUGCUACGGCGACGCGACGACUGGCCAGCUCGACUACAGGUGUUCUUCGCUAACAACCACGAACAGGAGUUUGAGGCGCCCAGAAUCUACCCGCCUGUGGCGGCUGAGAUGAGACAGCCAAUCAGAGUGCUCUCUCUGUUUGACGGCAUCGCCACAGGUCUCUUGGUGCUCAGGGACCUUGGGAUACAGGUGGACAGAUAUGUGGCUUCGGAGGUGUGUGAGGAUUCCAUCACAGUUGGAAUAGUUCGUCACCACGGUUCCAUCAUGUAUGUUGGAGACGUACGCAACGUUACACACAAACACAUCCAGGAAUGGGGUCCUUUUGACCUGGUGAUUGGAGGGAGUCCCUGUAACGAUCUGUCCAUUGUAAACCCGGCCAGGAAGGGGCUCUUUGAGGGUACUGGCAGGCUGUUCUUCGAGUUUUACCGUCUGCUUCACGAGGCUCGUCCCAAACCAGAAGAAAACCGCCCCUUCUUCUGGCUGUUCGAGAACGUUGUUGCGAUGGGGAUAAGCGACAAGAGAGACAUCUCUCGCUUCCUUGAGUGUAAUCCGGUGAUGAUUGAUGCCAAAGAGGUUUCUGCUGCUCACCGCGCCCGGUACUUCUGGGGAAACCUGCCUGGCAUGGGACGACCGCUCACAGCCAUGGUGAAUGACAAACUCGAUCUACAAGACUGUCUGGAGCAUGGACGCACAGCCAAGUUUGGGAAAGUGCGGACGAUAACGACGCGUUCUAACUCGGUGAAGCAGGGGAAGGACCAACACUUUCCAGUUUACAUGGACAACAAGGAGGACAUCCUCUGGUGCACUGAGAUGGAGAGGGUGUUCGGGUUUCCGGUUCACUACACUGAUGUUUCCAACAUGAGUCGUCUGUCCCGGCAGCGUCUCCUGGGACGUUCCUGGAGCGUUCCAGUCAUCAGACACCUCUUCGCCCCGCUCAAAGAGUACUUUGCCUGCAACUAGCAUACACACACACACACACACACACAAUACACACACACAUUCCAAACACACAUCUCGCCCACCCCCCCCCCCACCACCCCACCCCAUAAACCAUAUGUUGACUCUCAACUAGGAAGGACACCCCACCAUUCCGGUGCUAACCAUUUGCAGACCAGGAAACACACCCACUCCGGUGCUAACCAGUCACAAACCAGAACACAACUCCUCUCCGGUGCUAACCAAUUACAAAGCAGAACACAACUCCUCUCUGGUGCUAACCAGUCGCAAACCAGAACACAUCCCCACUCCGGUGCUAUCCAAUCCCAAACCAGAAGACAUCCCCACCCCGGUGCUAUCCACUUACAGAACCAGAAAUGUUAUUCAACUACGGUGCAACACACAGAGAUCCCUGGACUGAGGUCCAAUCCCAAAUCGACCCAGAAACUCUACAUCCUUAACCCUAUGCACUUGUGGAGAUCUAAGAGGAUGUGAUGAGUAUAAAUAACAUGGUAACUCUGUCAAACUCUCACAGGUCUCCACAAGGCCAUGAAGUCAUUGUGGGAAGGGGCCUGUUGCUUAGGGGAGUGUCUUUGCCGGCCCCUCUCACAGGUCAGUCAUACCUAAUGGUGCUUCAAUGCUGAGAUGCCAAAUCCCCUCAACAUCUCAUCUUCCCUAGGGCAGAUCGAAUGUUUGGCACUACACGCAUACACACACACACACACACACAGGUGUUUAUAACACUUCUUUCAAAUUGAUCAUUAGUUGACAAUGUUUGUGACUCUUCAGGUAGCAGCUUGUUUUCUAAUGUAGUGUAGUUGGGGUUUAUGGUUAGGAUUAAGGUUAGGGUUAGGUGUGGAGGUGACCUCGUCCUUAGGUUACCAGCACAUUUAAAGCCACAUAAAACAACUAUUCUCAUUUGGCCUUGGUUAAUUAUAUUGAGUGACCUUACUGAGUGUUUGUUAUCAUUUUGUUUUAGCGAGUCAUUUCCCUGGGGUGCGUUUUCCCAUGAAUCUCAGCAUGUUAUCUAGCAGCGACACCUCUUUGCCGUCCAAUUUGCGGUUAUAAUCCUUGCCUCGUCACAACGACUCCACAGCAGGUUACAGGAUUGUCAAAGAUCGACACAUUUCCCCCCAAACAUGUCCUGACGAGACGAUUCUUGUUACACUGCUCACUCAACCAGGAAGCUGCUGAGGUGAAUGACUUCACCCGGUAACAACCAGGAAGCUGCUGAGGUGAAUGACUUCACCCGGUAACAACCAGGAAGCAGCUGAGGUGAAUGACUUCACCCGGUAACAACCAGGAAGCAGCUGAGGUGAAUGACUUCACCCGGUAACAACCAGGAAGCAGCUGAGGUGAAUGACUUCACCCGGUAACAGCCACAAUUUUCAUGAGUCUGGGCUUUUGCCCCACCGACCUCAAGGAGUCGCAAGAGCAUGAAAUGACAAGGGGGGCCAGUCCAAUAUCCGACCCUCCGCGCCUAACCCACCCACCCUGCAAAACCUCCGCCGGUGCACCCCCAACUACUGCAACCAUCCAGCCGUCCACCCCAUCCGUCCCUACACCCUGGGCAGCACUGAGGCAAAUGGUGCUGCCCCCUGCUGGGAGCCCUGGUUAUUGUCGUUUGUUGCACAACCAGGAUUUGAAAACCUGGCCGCGGUAACACCGUUGUACUGCUACGGUGCAAGUUUACAUCCUGCUGAGGAGUUUGGUGCUUGAAGCUGUAUUUCUGAUAUCUGUUAGUGUAUGUGGAUACAUAAGCCUGAGCACAUCUGAAACUUGCCAGCUAUAACACUAGAUGUUCCUUUCAAUAAGGUAGCUAGCUAGUUAGCUAGUUAGCCAGCUAAUGUGGUGACAUUGUUUUAUCCUAAUGAACAUGAUUUAAUAAAGUUCUACACUAAAUCAGUACAGUAUGGAGUCAGCUAUGCCUGGAGUCAGUACAGUAUGGAGUCAGCUCUGCCUGGAGUCAGUACGGUAUGGAGUCAACUCUGCCUUGAGUCAGUGCGGUAUGGAGUCUGCUCUGCCUUGAGUCGGUGCGGUAUGGAGUCUGCUCUGCCUUGAGUCGGUGCGGUAUGGAGUCAGCUCUGCAUUGAGUCGGUGCGGUAUGGAGUCAGCUCUGCCUUGAGUCAGUGCGGUAUGAGGUCAGCUCUGCCUUGAGUCAGUGCGGUAUGAGGUCAGCUCUGCCUUGAGUCAGUGCGGUAUGGAGUCAGCUCUGCCUUGAGUGCGGUAUGGAGU